GGCGUUUGGCAGAAGCGAGUUCUCGGACUAGGUUUUCAUUUGAGCGAAGUUUUGGAGCUCUGAGAAUUUACGUAGCUGACAGGCCCUCCUCUGUCAGCACCCACUUUUUCUCUCUGCAACUGCGGUGUUCCCGGUGACAAAGCUCAUGACGGUUGCUGACGGUGGCACCUUAUCGCUCGUCAUGCCUGUCCGAGCAGAGUACCGCGGCACCACCCGAUCGGCCUGCCCAUCCUCGGCCUCUCUCGUCCCCCCUGCCCCGAUCAACACCCACCAGCCGGGGGUGGCCACCUCGCUUCUGUACAGCGGCGCACAGUUUCGUGGAUACCAGAAGAGUAAAGGCAACUCGUACGACGUUGAGGUUGUCUUGCAGCAUGUGACUGUAGAGGACUCGUAUUUGUGUGGCUACCUGAAAAUCAAUGGCCUGACUGAGGAGUAUCCGACUCUAACAACGUUCUUCGCUGGAGAAAUGAUCAGCCGGAAAAGGCCAUUUUUAACUAGAAAGUGGGAUGCGGAUGAGGAUGUGGAUAAAAAACACUGGAGCAAGUUUAAGGCUUUUUGCAAAUAUGCCAGGAACUUCAACUCUGAUGACUUUGACUAUGAUGCACUGGAAAACAGUGACUAUAUCUUCAUGAGGUGGAAGGAGCAGUUUCUAGUUCCAGACCACACAAUCAAAGACAUCAGUGGUGCCUCCUUUGCAGGUUUCUACUACAUCUGCUUCCAGAAGUCCACAGCCACUAUUGAGGGUUACUAUUAUCAUCGGAGCUCAGAGUGGUACCAGUCUUUAAACCUGAACCAUAUUCGAGACCACAGUAUGCCUAUUUACGAAUUUCGCGAAGGACUACACGCAAACGCCGGUGAAGUGACCCAGCCGUUUAUCACAGAAGCAUACACGUGUGUCGCCCCGUAUGAGACCAAAGACUCCAAGAACAAACCUUUGAAAGUGGCCAAGGGUGACAAACUCGAUGUGGUCAUCAAAGACAAAGGAGGAUGGUGGCUGGUGGAGACUGAAGACAGGCGGAUGGCCUGGUUUCCUGCACCCUAUCUGGAGAGGACAAAUGAUGAUAAUGAAGAUCAUGAGGAGAUAGAUGAAAUUCCUGAAAAAGGAGCACUCUACACUGCAGUCAAGAGCUACAAGGCCACCAAAACUGACGAGGUGACCGUAACCAUAGGUGCUGUGGUGGAAGUCCUGCAGAAGUCUGAAAAUGGCUGGUGGCUCGUCAGAUCCAGUGGAAAAAUGGGUUACAUUCCCACCAUGAUACUGCAGCCCCACCGCUACCCUCAUAUUCAUAACGCUUCCCAUCACCUGGAUCAGCGCCGCCACACUUCCCUUCUCGUUCCAUCCUCAAACCUGGAGCAGCACUCCCAACUGAGCCUCUCCCAAGGAAGCCUGCUGCAACAUCCCCCCGUAAGGUCUUCGUCACCUCUCCUGAUCCUGCCGGAGAGUAGGCAGAGGUCUGUGUCUCUUGAGGUUUUGUCUGAACAACCUCAUGCACAGCCUGCUGCAAACACAACCAGUGCUGCUACCGAUAUCUCCACUUCACCCACCUCUCCCUCUCACCCUCCUCCGCCCGUGAUCACAGUGGAGAUGGAUGGAGAGGACGAACAACGCGUCCUCUCCAGGAGUCGGACACAGGAUAGUGAGGAUAGCUUUAUGAGCGACAGCACCGACUUCAGCUUCAGUGACGACUCCAAAUCACCCAAAAUACCCAAGGUGCCACCCAGACCGGGCGCCCAGGAGAUCCUCUCCCGGUGUACCUCUGUCACCCGCAAGAAUGCAGCAAAAGGUGCUCUGUCACCCACACAAGCUGAGAUCAUCAGCCGAUAA